AGCAGCGCCCCCUUGUGUCCAGUGUGAGGCGGCGCUGCUGCUGCUGCUGCGUCAUGUUUAACUUUCACUUUUGAUUUCUACAAAACUACGAAGCAGCUUAACCCCAGUCCGCCCGCACUCUCCGCACUCCGGACACUCUGUGGACACCCUCUGUGUCUCUGGACACUCUGUGGACACCCUCUGUGUCUCUGGACACUCUGUGGACACCCUCUGUGUCUCUGGACACUCUGUGGACACUCUGUGGACACCCUCUGUGUCUCUGGACACUCUGUGGACACUCUCUGUGUCUCUGGACACUCUGUGGACACUCUCUGUGUCUCUGGACACUCUGUGGACACUCUGUGGACACUCUCUGUGUCUCUGGACACUCUGUGGACACCCUCUGUGUCUCUGGACACUCUGUGGACACCCUCUGUGUCUCUGGACUGCGACGCUUCUUUUGACGUUUUUUUUUCUUCUUUUUUUCUUUAGUUCAUUUGAAACUGAAGCUGUUUGGAAAUGGAACAGAAGCAGAAACAAGAUUCAGCCGAGCUCCAGAGAGCGAGAGACGAGCUGCAGGCCUGGAGGGCCAAAGUGGAGCAGGCGGAGCUGGAGAAGUCUCGUCUCAUCAAGAGGAACCUGGAGGAGGACGAGCUGAAGAAGGAGGCCAUGAACCAGAUGAAAGAUCUGACCAGGAGACGACAGGAGGCGGAGCAAGAGAGAAAAGAAAGGAGCCAGGAACUCAGGGCUCAGACGACUCGAGUGGUUCAGAAAAGGACAGAUCUGAUGGAGCGACUGAAGAGGAGCAGAGCUGAGCUGGAGCAGAGGAGAGCAGAGGCCCUGAGACUCCAGCACAGGUUUAAGAUUUGUGCCGAUCUCCCGGACAAAGAGGUGGAGUUCAUCAAGCCAAAGCCGGGCGUAGAUGAUGUCACCAGUGAAGCUCCAAUCAGAGGCCAGUUCUCUGUGUAUCAGCAGGGGGCGCUGCUGCUGAAGGAAGGACAAGCCCUGAUCACCUUCGAGGAGGAGAGAGUGCUGUCUCAGGUGCUGCAGAUGGACAGAUGCAGCGUCUCCUUUGAUGACCACACUCUGGAGGUGAAGCCGAAGAGGUUCAGGACUGAGCCGACCGUCCAGUUUGAGAUUCACCUGGCGGUCUCUCGCUGUGACCUGGACGUGUCGGAGGUUGUGAGUGCGAUGCCAAACGAGCGCGUGGAGGACUGUCUGGCGCUGUCCUUCUCCCGCCCGAGCAGAGGGGGCGCCGAAGUGCAGUCUGUGAAGUUUAACCCACGAAAGAGCACAGCGCGCAUCCACUUCCAAAGAACUGGAGUGGCAGAGUCGUUAGCUCUCAGAGGAGAGUUUUCUGCAGAUCUCGGGUUUCAGACCAAAGUCAAAGUGUCUCCUGUUUUUGACGUCCAGCUGCACAAGUUCCAGAGUUCCUGCGGCGUUCCGAAGCGUACUCUGCUCCUGGACGGGAUCAAGGACACGGGCGACGAGGAGGAGGUGCAGGACCAGCUGGAGAUUCACUUUCAGAAGCCGAGUAACGGAGGAGGAGAGAUCGAACACACCAAGUACUGCGGCCCAGGGAGGAGCGUGCUGGCCCUGCUCUGCCCCGACCACUAGAGGGAGCCGCUCACCUCUGUCCACCACUAGAGGGAGCCGCUCACCUCUGUCCACCACUAGAGGGAGCCGCUCACCUCUGUCCACCACUAGAGGGAGCCGCUCACCUCUGUCCACCACUAGAGGGAGCCGCUCACCUCUGUCCACCACCAGAGGGAGCCACGUGUUCACUCACCUGCCCCUUUACCCAGAUCAUAAUCUUCUGUUCUGUUGUGAUUUCCAUUUAAAUGUGUGAAUAAAAUGAGUUG